GAGAGCGGGCAAGAUGGCGGCGGCAGCGCUGGGUCACUUGGGUUCGUUAUGGAUGCACAGCCUGAAGAGCCGGGGGAAGCUGGUCUUGGGGCUUCUUUCAUCUCAUAGUGUUUUACCCCAAUCAUAUAUCCACACAAGUGCUUCUCUUGACAUUUCUCGAAAAUGGGAGAAGAAGAAUAGAAUUGUUUAUCCUCCACAACUGCCUGGAGAACCUCGGAGACCAGCAGAAAUCUACCACUGUCGAAGACAAAUAAAAUACAGCAAAGACAAGAUGUGGUAUUUGGCAAAAUUGAUACGAGGAAUGUCCAUUAACCAAGCUUUGGCUCAGUUGGAAUUCAGUGACAAAAAAGGGGCCCAAAUAAUUAAGGAGAUUCUCUUAGAAGCACAAGAUAUGGCAGUGAGAGACCACAAUGUGGAAUUCAGAUCCAAUUUAUAUAUAGCUGAGUCCACCUCAGGGCGGGGCCAGUGCCUGAAACGCAUCCGCUACCACGGCAGAGGUCGCUUUGGGAUCAUGGAGAAGGUUUAUUGCCAUUAUUUUGUGAAAUUGGUGGAAGGACCCCCUCCUCCACCUGAGGCACCAAAGACGGCAGUCACCCACGCCCAAGAGUAUAUUCAGGAGCUUCGCAACCGGACCAUCAUUCAUACUCUAUGAUGGGAGUGUAUAUUCAAUUCAAACUCCACAGUGUAUAUAUUUUGCCAUUUCUUUUCUAAAACAAACAAAAAUUAAAGACAGAUGUAUUUUAUGGUUUGUCAUUGAAUUAUUGAAACACAGUAUAUAACUGCUAGUUUUAUAUGAAUAUUUAUAAGGCUUUGCUCAUCUCUGAGCCUCCGGGCAUAUUGUAUGCGUUUGCCACUUGGAAAGGGAAAUCAGCCUUAAACAUAAUAACAGCCUAUAAUUCAGAAGCCUAAUUUUGAGUACCUUUUGAAGGAGUGUUAACUUUCCAACUAGUGUCCUGUAGGUGGCAGUUUUUUUUUUUUU